ACUUCCUCCUGCCUCGCACGGCCUCCCCCGCGGCCCUGGGGCUCCUGCGGGGCUCGGAUUGUUGUGGCCGGGGCCGCCCGUGACACGUGGUGCCGUAGCCGCUGCUGCCGCCGGGGAAGCCCCGCUCGCUGGAGUGCGGGCAGCAGCAUGGCCGCUCUGGCCGAGGCGGUGAGCAGCAGCGCGGGUUGCCCGGCGGCAGGCGGCAGCAGCAGCAGCAGCCGGCACGAGAAGAGCCUGGGGCUCCUCACCACCAAGUUCGUGUCGCUGCUGCAGGAGGCCAAGGACGGCGUGCUGGACCUGAAAGCGGCUGCUGAUACUCUUGCUGUGAGACAAAAAAGAAGAAUCUAUGACAUCACCAAUGUUUUGGAAGGCAUAGAUUUAAUUGAGAAAAAGUCAAAAAACAGCAUCCAAUGGAAAGGUGUAGGUGCUGGCUGCAAUACAAAAGAAGUCAUAGACAGACUGAGGUAUCUUGAAGCAGAAAUUGAAGAUUUGGAACUAAAAGAAAAAGAGCUGGAUCAGCAAAAAUUGUGGCUGCAGCAAAGCAUCAAAAAUGUUAUGGAUGACUCCACAAACAACCAAUUUUCAUAUGUCACUCAUGAAGACAUCUGUAAUUGCUUCAAUGGAGACACACUUCUAGCAAUUCAAGCACCUUGUGGUACACAAUUAGAAGUACCUAUACCUGAAAUGGGACAAAAUGGACAAAAGAAAUACCAGAUCAGUCUAAAGAGUAGUUCAGGACCUAUCCAUGUGCUGCUUAUUAAUAAAGACUCAAGUUCCCCCACGCCUGUGGUGUUUCCAGUUCCUCCUCCUGAUGACCUUGCACAGCCCCCAUCUCAGCCUGCAAUUCCAGUGACUCCCCCAAAACCUACUGCAUCUACUGAGAAUCCAUCAGAGCAGCAUGACAUUAACCAGGAGCAGCAUUUACCACAUACUCCAGUUACAGAUACACCAUCAGACAACAGUGUGCAAGAGAACAAUACAACUCCAGCAACUCCUUACUCUAGCCUUCCGGACUCCUUGCUGUAUACGAGCCUUGCAACACAAACUACUGCUAGCUCAAAUGACUAUCAGGCCUUGCUUCCCUUGGAUGUUAAUUGUAUUCUCAAGCCAAACUCAUUUGAUAUAGCAAAGAUGGAUGAGCCCACAGGAACUAUUAGUAGUGAUAUCAUUGACGAAUUGAUGUCUUCAGAUGUUUUUCCUCUCUUACGACUCUCUCCUACUCCCGGAGAUGACUACAACUUUAACCUGGAUGAUAAUGAAGGAGUCUGUGAUCUUUUUGAUGUGCAGAUACUAAAUUAUUAGAUUCGGUGGGAACCAGACUGUCAUAUCUACCUCUAACUUUAUAACAUUCUAGACUUCUUCAUAACCUAAGUAUUUUAAAUAAUGAAUGUAUAACCUCUUAGUUCACUGACUCUGGGAGUGCAUUUCCUUUUGCUUCCUUACCUACUUCACAAAACACCUUAAAUUCAAACCAGAAGAAAGGGCUUUUAUCAAAAUGUUCUCUGGUAUUUUUUCACAAGUUACAUUAAUGUAACUCAGCUUUGAAAUCCCAAGUUCUCCCCCACUCCCCAUCCCCUCCUUUUUCUUGCAGCCUUCUGGUUACUUAAAAAAAAAAAAACCCCAAGGCUUGUCACUUAGCAGAAUUUUCUUUCUGAAGCUUUACUGCCAAGAAGCUUUCUGUAUGUUUUUAACCUUUCACUACAAUUUUUAAAAAGCGUUCACUGCCAAAUUUUAAGUGAAGGACAUUAAAUGGGUUAUGUUAAAUUGUUUCAGUGAACCAAUUUUGUGAAGUGCCUUCUGUUUUAGCACUUUAAGUUUCUCACAUUUUGACUUCUGACAUUCCACUUUCCUAGAUUAUAGGAAAGGUCUGUUUGUAGUUUGUAUUAAAGUGUGCCAAUGCUUGUAUAUUAACAAGAUUUUUUUAAUAAAACUGUACAAACCCAGUA